UGUUGUUGUUGUUGUUAUUGUUACUUUUUAGAUCGGCGGAUACUAAACGAGGUGGUGUAAUUGUUUUAGCUGUUAUAAUCUCAAUGGAUAAUAAUGAAAGAGUAUCCGCCCUUGAUUGGGUUGUGUUAACUAUCUUGACGUAGGCGCGACAGAUCAAGGAACGCGAAGAAACCGUCCCCGAGGAGUGGUCUCUAGAGAGUGCGGUGACACGUAUCCGCGGGGGAAACCUAUAGUUUACACACGGCACAUACAACAUACAACCGAGUAUCGUUUCAAGAAAGAGAGAUACAAGUAUCCGAUUCAAGUAGUUGUUGUAAGGAGAAGGUGUGCUGCAAGACCCGGAAACCCGAACCGAGAUCGAGGAAUAGAGUGGGAGCAAAUAACGAAGAACCCGAGUCAAGAGGGGAAUAGAAAGGGAUAGACGCAAGACGUUUGAGUGUCCGAGGUAAGGAAUAACCUCGUCUUCGUCGCCCAAGACCGUCAUCGUCAGCGGAAAAAGACAGGAGUAAAUAAAUAUAUACGUAUAGGUAUAUUUAUCAGUGAUUUCUAUGAGCAAAAAAAGAAGAAGUACAACGUCGUAGGUACGUUAGUUGUAUUGCAGAAUUGAGUAUAUACUUGAGAGAGUCACGAGUUGCGAUAGUAGUACAAGACUGGUGGUGUGUGCUGGUGAUUCGCUGCUGCCGAUCGUCAACAAGCGUUGGCGAACUAUCGAGUAGAGCUGAAAGAGAGUGUGUGUAUGUGCGGGCUGUCUGUGUUUGUGUAAGUUGGUUACGGCGAAACAGGUAAAAUAUAAUAAUAACUAAAAGAAAGAAAGAAAGAAAGAACAUAACGAAGGAGAAAAAUAAGAAAGAAAAUAACGUGACUACGGCGAACGUCUGAAGGAGGGAGAUUCUGAUGAGGGUGUCAGCAGAAGCCCUGUAAGAUAGUAUAGAAGAGCGUACGAGAAAACCAAAGUGUAUAGUUGUGGAGAAGAGAAAAAUAAAAUAAUACGAUAAAGACUCUGAAGAAGAAGAAGAAGAAGAAGCAGAAGACAAAGACGAAGAAGAAGAAGAAGAGGAAGAGGAACGAGAACGAGAACGAGAAGAAGAGUUAGAAGAUACUAAGGAGCACACGAGAAGCCGCGAUUUUCGUUUGAAAUCGCUGAGAAAGAUCAUCGCUGGCGGUGGCGGCAUUGUCCUGCUUGUUUUGCUGUCUCGCGAACGCCAGAAUAAAAAAAAAGUCUUUAAAAAAAAGGGAAAUAAAAGAAAAAAGAAGGUAAAGGAAGAGAGCGUGAAAGAGAGACAGCGGGAUAAAGCUCGAUUCUUUAAGGCGCGGGCUUAGCGGGACAGCGAGAGCGUGAGUGAGAUGCUUGAGGAUCUUUAAGAGGCAGCGGGAAGUAGUGGAGCGACUUGAGCCGAGUUGAACCGAGAAAGAUAUUGCCAAGUGCAAGUGAGAAAGAUAUAGCAUACAUACCACCGAGGAGGAGAGACCACGGCGACUGGAGAGUGCCGUAAGGUACGUAUUUACGUACACACGCGUAUAACCAGAGAGCUGAGAGCUGAGAGCCGGGAGGAACACGCUUAGCUACCAACACGGCCUCAACGUAAAUUACAUACGCGCCGCUGGUACAUACCCAGUGCCUCGCAAAGUAACUACUACUUUUUGCUACUCUACUAGCUAGCCAGUCAGCCAACUCAACACAUACAAUAAUAUAAUAAUACUCACUGCUCUUCUGGAGUAAGAAAACUCCCGAGAAUAAAGGAAACAGCUUGCUGAAGUAAACUUCCCGUUGGUUGGUGUUACUGCCGCCGUUUUGGCUUUCGUUUUCGAUAAGACUCCACUCAAGGUGCAGCUUUAAAUAGUAUUCUUAUUUCAUUAACUUUAUUUAUAGAUAAAAUAGUAGUAGUACAUAUAUAAUAGACAAUAAUGGCGCUCAAUCAGGACGUUGAUCAGUUGUCAAAGUCAAACCUGGUGGUGAGGAUUGACCAGAACUCUGAGUCGGAUUUACAGGCGCUUUUUGACAGUGUUUUGAAGCCAAACUCAACGAGACCUUUGCAGGUGCCUCUGCGUAUGCGAAACCUGCCAAAUUCGUUCUUCAACCCACCUCAGACUGGCAGCAAAAGCCCCUCGAUAUCUCACUCAAGAGAAAAUUCUGCUGACUCUGCGUUUGGUACGAUAGUUACGACAAAUGUCGCCGGGAGCGGCCCCGGUGGUAAUACUUUAGGCUCGGGUAGCGAGGCCACAGGUGGAGCCGAUUCCGCGGGUUCAGGACCCGCAGGUGCAGCACCCGGAUUGACGGUGGCUCAUCCACGAGCUCACAGCAGUCCGGCCUCGCUCCAGCAAACCUACGCUUCUGCACAGCAGGCCACUCAACAUACGCCUCAGCCCCACGCACCCAGGCAUCAUCAUCAUCAGAAACAGCGCAGUUAUGACGUCAUCAGCACUGUUGACGACAUGGGGCCGUUGCCUCACGGAUGGGAGCAAGCACGCACGCCUGAGGGACAAAUUUACUUCCUCAAUCACUUGACCCGAACGACAACAUGGGAAGAUCCACGUAAAACAGCAGCUGCUGUGAGUGUUGCGGCUGUUGCUGCGGCUGUGGAAAGUGGAAAAGCAUCUUCAGCAGCGGCUAAUUCUCUCGGACCUCUACCAGAAGGUUGGGAGCAAGCACGUACUCCAGAAGGAGAGAUUUACUUUAUUAAUCAUCAAAGUCGUACUACUUCAUGGUUUGAUCCUAGAAUUCCAUCACAUUUACAACGAGCUCCGACUACGAAUGCAAUGCUUCCACAAAACUGGCUCCAGCAGCCUGGAGCUACUGGAAUCCAGAAUAAUCAAAAUAUUCAGGUAUGCCAACAAAAAUUACGUCUUCAGUCACUGCAAAUGGAACGCGAACGUCUGAAACAAAGACAAGCUGAAAUUAUGCGUCAGCAAGAACUUAAUUUGCUGAGACAAAGUACUCCUGACGCAGCAAUGGAUCCAUUUUUGUCGGGUAUAAAUGAGCAGCAUGCAAGACAGGAAAGCGCUGACUCCGGUCUAGGUCUUGGUUCAGCAUACUCUUUACCACAUACACCUGAAGAUUUUCUUUCUAAUAUCGAUGACAACAUGGACGCUACAAGUGAAGGUGGAGCACCAAUGGAAACACCCGAUUUGUCGACUUUAAGUGAUAACAUCGACUCAACGGAUGAUCUAGUACCUUCACUUCAGCUUGGCGAAGAAUUUACGAGUGAUAUCCUGGACGACGUGCAGUCACUGAUAAAUCCGAGCAGUACGAAACCUGAGAAUGUUCUUACGUGGCUGUAGUACGUCGCUUAAGUAUAACAUUAAUAUUAAUAAUAACAAUCACAAGGAUAAUAUUAAAUAAAACAAAAUAAUAAUAUUAAUGUACAAUGAAGACGGUCUACAAUAAUUCGAUCACACGACGACAAUGCACGAUCGAGUCAAGUGUUGCGAUAUUCAAUGCUUUCGUACUAAACAAAUAUUAAGAAAUGCGAUCGGUAUAAAAUACUCUACCAAUAAUUAUAAAUAAAAAAAAAAGUAUCUAUUUUAUCACCGUACUGUCGUUGUAAAAAAAAACCGUGCCUUAAUUAUAAACAUUCGUACAAAUACGCCUUAUUAAAUAUUAAAACAUUUUUCAUUUAAAAAAUUGUAUAUUUAAAGAAAAAAAAAAACUUACGUAUUCUUGUUAAUUAUAUAUUUUUAAGAACGCAAUCAAUUUUACAAGUGACAUGUAUAUAUGUAUAUAUUAUAUAGACAUAUUUAUACAUAUAUACAUAAAACGCGUUCGAAUUUUUCGCGUAGAUUACAAUCAUGGUGAAGAGAUUACUAAUUAUAAGGAGGUGAGAGAGUGGGAAAAGGAGACUGUUUUUAUUUCUUUUUUUGACAAUAAUUAUUACUUAUUAAUAUUUAUAUAAUAAAUAUGAUCGAAUUGAUAAGCUACUGAAUGAAGAAGUAUGAAAAAAAAAAAAAAAAAAAAAAAAAAGAUACUGAUAAUAGAGUCGGAGAAAAAAUGAUCAUAACAAUCAAUAUUAUGUCAUUAUUUAAUGAUGCAUAUUAAUAAGUAUUUUUCUAUCAUGUAUUUUUUUUUUUCUGGUAUCAUGACGUAUCAGA